AUGUCUUCAACUAUUUUACCCACUACAAGUCAAUAUGCCAAUUUAGGCACAUAUGUACCAACCAUCCUAAAAAGAGUAGAGUAUGGCAUUGGUUCUCUAUCGAAGUUAGCUGAUAUACUAAGUGAACUGUCUGUCUCGAAGCCAUUCCUCGUAACUGGCACAUCUCUGGCAACAAACACUGAUAUUAUAGAGCGCGUUAAAAAUGCUAGUGGGUGCGAAUCGGCUGUUGUUUUCUCUGGUAUUCAGCAGCACUCGCCCAUCCAACAUAUUAGAAACGCUGUGGUUGAGCUAAAGACGAGCGACAGCGAUAGAAUCAUUGCUAUUGAUGGUGGAUCACAUAUUCAUGCAGCUAAAUUGAUGAUUCAUCUUUACAAGGAAGAAACAGACCGAUUGCUCAAGUUAGUCAGCAUUCCAACGACACUUUCGGCUGCAGAAUACACCAUUAUCUCUGCUUAUACUGGUAAGUCAUUGUCGUUUGGUAUAGAAGCAGAAAUAUUCACGUGA